GCGGGCGGCCCAGCGGGAGGCUGCGCGGCCAGCCAGCCGGGAGCACUGGGACAGCACAUGAUUUGGGAGUUACACUUUGUGACAUGGAUGAAUCUGGACUGACCCUUGGCACAAUAGAUGUUUCUUAUCUGCCACAUUCAUCAGAAUACAGCCUCAGUCGAUGUAAACACAUGAGUGAGGAAUGGGGUGACUGUGGUUUUAAACCUACCUUCUUCAGAUCUGCAACAUUAAAAUGGAAAGAAAGCCUCAUGAGCCGGAAAAGGCCAUUUGUUGGAAGAUGUUGUUAUUCUUGCACUCCUCAGAGCUGGGAAAAAUUUUUCAACCCCAGUAUCCCAUCUUUAGGUUUGCGGAAUGUUAUUUACAUCAAUGAAACUCAUACAAGGCACCGAGGAUGGCUUGCAAGACGUCUUUCUUACAUUCUUUUUAUUCAAGAGCGGGAUGUCCAUAAGGGCAUGUUUGCUACCAGUGUUGCUGAAAAUGUACUGAACAGCAGCAGAGUACAAGAAGCAAUUGCUGAAGCGGCUGCUGAGUUGAACCCUGAUGGUUCUCCCCAGCAGCAAUCCAAAGCCAUCCAGAAAGUGAAAAAGAAAGCCAAAAAGAUCCUUCAAGAAAUGGUUGCCACUGUUUCACCGGGGAUGAUCAGACUGACUGGGUGGGUGCUGCUAAAAUUGUUCAACAGCUUCUUCUGGAAUAUUCAGAUUCACAAGGGUCAACUUGAGAUGGUUAAAGCUGCAACUGAGACCAAUUUGCCGCUUAUAUUUCUACCAGUCCAUAGAUCCCAUAUUGACUAUUUGCUGCUCACUUUCAUUCUCUUCUGCCAUAACAUCAAAGCACCAUACAUUGCUUCAGGCAAUAAUCUCAACAUUCCAAUCUUCAGUACCUUGAUCCAUAAACUUGGGGGCUUUUUUAUACGACGGAGGCUUGAUGAAACACCAGAUGGACGGAAAGAUAUUCUUUACAGAGCUUUGCUUCAUGGGCACAUAGUUGAACUACUCCGGCAGCAGCAGUUCUUGGAGAUUUUCCUGGAAGGCACACGUUCUAGGAGUGGAAAAACCUCUUGUGCUCGGGCGGGACUUUUGUCAGUGGUAGUAGAUGCCCUGUCUACCAACACCAUCCCAGAUAUCUUGAUAAUACCUGUUGGAAUCUCCUAUGAUCGGAUAAUUGAAGGUCACUACAAUGGUGAACAACUGGGCAAACCCAAGAAGAACGAGAGCCUUUGGAGUGUAGCAAGAGGUGUUAUUAGAAUGUUACGAAAAAACUAUGGUUAUGUCAGAGUGGAUUUUGCACAGCCAUUUUCCUUAAAGGAAUAUUUAGAAAGCCAAAGUCAGAAACCUGUGUCUGCCCCACUUUCUCUGGAGCAAGCAUUGUUACCAACUAUACUUCCUUCAAAACCUAAUGAUGCUGCUGAUGAAGGUAUAGACAUGUCCAAUAAUGAGUCUAGAAAUGCAGCAGAUGAAUCCUUCCGAAGAAGGCUGAUUGCAAAUCUGGCUGAGCACAUUCUCUUCACUGCUAGCAAGUCCUGUGCCAUUAUGUCUACCCACAUUGUGGCCUGCCUGCUCCUCUACAGACACAGGCAGGGAAUCCAUCUCUCUACAUUGGUGGAAGACUUCUUUGUGAUGAAGGAGGAAGUCCUGGCUCGUGAUUUUGACCUGGGGUUCUCAGGAAAUUCAGAAGAUGUAGUCAUGCAUGCUAUACAGCUGCUGGGAAAUUGUGUCACAAUCACACACACUAGCAGGAAUGAUGAAUUUUUUAUUACUCCCAGCACAACUGUUCCAUCAGUCUUUGAACUCAAUUUCUAUAGCAACGGGGUACUUCAUGUCUUUAUCAUGGAGGCCAUCAUAGCCUGCAGCCUGUAUGCUGUUCUGAAUAAAAGGGGCUCAGGAGGGCCUGCCGGCACCCCUGGCAGCUUGAUCAGCCAGGAGCAGCUGGUGCGGAAGGCGGCCAGCCUGUGCUAUCUGCUCUCCAAUGAAGGCACCAUCUCUCUUCCCUGUCAGACUUUUUACCAAGUUUGCCAUGAAACAGUAGGAAGGUUUAUCCAGUAUGGAAUUCUUAUAGUGGCAGAGCAAGAUGACCAGGAAGAUAUCAGUCCUGGUCUUGCAGAGCAGCAGUGGGACAAGAAGCUUCCUCAACCUUUGAAUUGGAGAAGUGAUGAAGAAGAUGAAGACAGUGAUUUUGGUGAGGAGCAGCGGGAUUGCUACCUGAAGGUGAGCCAGUCCAAGGAGCACCAGCAGUUCAUCACCUUCUUACAGAGGCUUCUUGGGCCCUUGCUGGAGGCCUACAGUUCUGCCGCCAUCUUCAUCCACAACUUCAGUGGUCCUGUUCCAGAACCUGAGUACCUGCAGAAACUGCAUAAAUUCCUAAUAACCAGAACAGAAAGGAAUAUUGCAGUGUAUGCUGAGAGUGCCACAUAUUGUCUUGUGAAGAAUGCUGUGAAAAUGUUUAAAGAUAUUGGGGUUUUCAAAGAGACCAAGCAAAAGAAAGUAUCUGUUUUAGAACUGAGCAGCACUUUUCUACCUCAAUGCAACCGGCAAAAACUCCUAGAAUACAUUCUGAGUUUUGUGGUGCUGUAGGUAACUUGCAGCACCUUUGGUGAGUGAAGGGCUGGAGAUGAGUCCCUCGAAGGCUCCAGCUCGAAGGCUCCAGCCCAACCUGAGAGUGGCAGGUGCUGUCGCAUGGCCAGGCCUGCCUGCCCUGCCUUGAGGUGACCUCCUAGAAGACAAGUGCCUUUUGCCCUCAUGGACCUGUGCUCUUCCCAACUCAUAAGCAGCAGCCUAACAUGACACUUGGGGGCCCUUGGCCUCCGUUUGCAACUCGUAAUCAGUUUUACUAGAUGAAGUCUCAAUAAAUUAUUUUGGAGUUUAUUAAAGAUUCACAUUUUAAGUACAACUUUUAAGUACUAAUUACUGUGAUGGAUACAGAAAUGUAGUUGCAUUCCAGAACUGACUCUUGUAUACAUCAUGCUGUCAGUAAUUCACUGGUCUAUUUUCUGAUUAAUGGUUAAUACUUCCUUUAAAAAUAAUUGGGUCUUCCAUUCAUUCCUUUUCAGUCUUAUCAUCAAUAUUAGCUAAAUUAUACAUGGGAGCCCCUUUCAUCCCAAAGUGCUUUACAAGUGAAUGGGCUGAGACACAUCAUACCUGGGUAUUGCUGUGCUGCCCUUUGCAGUCAGUUUUAGAAAGUGUUCUAAGAGCUGCACAAGAACAGACAAUAUGAGUUUAGGCCAAGAAUUGAGGCAUCAUGAUCAAACUGCUAACAUCACAGAGUAACUCUGGCUGGCAAAAUUCAAGGCGUACUUGGCCAGAAAACUGGCACUGAACAUUUUGCUCAUAUGAUGAAGUGCCAUUGAGUUUUAAGUGACCAGUAAGUAUUCAGAAACUCACCCUGUUUUAUCUCUGUAUCCCUUCCCAUUCCCGGGUGGAAGGUACAGUUGUUGUUUCUUAGGAAUCCUCCAAUCAAAAGCAACUGUACUAAGUUCAUUAGCUCAGCAAAUGGACUGUUAGUGUGUAGUGCCCUGAUUAGACUGCUGACCUAGGGCUUUCGUGUGCUGUGCACAGAUUGUACCCUGCACCCCAGUCUGGGUGAAUAGUAUAUACUUUAUUUGUGCCAUCUACAACCUGUACAUAUGUGCAGUGACCCUGCUGAGUGGUAAAUGGUUGGAGGUAUUUGUGGAUUUUUAGCUUUGAGAAAAAACCGUAGUUCUUCAGAAAUUUGUAUGUGUUAUAAUAUGCCCAAAGCCCAAUGUCCUAGAGAGGCAAAUAGUUAUGAAAAACUGUCUGUUUAUAAUGGGUAGGUACCUUUUUGUGAACAGGGAGUGUAAUAGUUCAAUGAGGUAACUAUGGUGGUUUCUUAAUUAUCAUGUAAUGUUAAAAUUUUUCUAACAAUAUACUGCCCCUUAUCUCCAUGGUAGUAUGGAGUUAGAAAGUUUUCUGCCUAAAUUCUUUGAAGUUAGUAUAAAAGCAUUGAAAAUGAAGUUUAUACUUUCUUGAGCUUGGAUUUUAAACACUAGUCAUAUCUCAUGAAUGACAGGUGUGAGAUGGGACAGGGUAGGGACACUGGUAUUUCACAUUGUUGGAAACUCAUAGCAGUAACACUAUUGCUGUUGUGAUCCUCUCCACUCUGCUCCAAUUCUGCAUGUAAAAUCUGUUUUCUUCUUUAAUGUUGGCAGAGCACAUGUGUCAGUCACUCAGUUGCAGCAGCUCCAGUGUGGAGGUAUGGAGUGAGAUGCUCACCUUUUAGCCUUCUAUUUCACCAACUAGGGUAGGAGAACACUUCUCUUGAAUGCACUUGGGGGAUACCCAGGGAGUCUCUUUUAUUCUCUUGGGUGUUCCUUAUCUGGGAAAUCAGACAUUUUACUAGUAAGUCUCUCUCUCGCUCUCUCUCUGUCUCUCUCUGUGUGUUUCCCAAUUCUCCAAAGUGUAAAUGAAGAAUCGCUCAAACUCUGUUAGUCGGCUGGAAAGUCAAGGUUGAGGCUGACUUCCCAGUGCAUAUGCUGCUCUGUUUGUCACUUCUGCAAAGAGCUGCUGCUUUGCCAGCCCAAGCAGAGAAACUGUGAUUUCUCUUGCUCUAUUUUCCCUUUUGGUUGUUUUGUUUUCAAAAAAUUCAAUCAAAUGCUUUGAGGAAUGCAGUUUGCUUGCUCUUUUGCCACUUAACUCACUGUGAGGAUAAAUAUGCAUGCUUUUUGUAAUUAAUUGGUGCUUUGAAACCUUUUUUAAAAAAGAAAAAUCUCAACCAAAGUUAUGCUUAUCCAGACAAGCUGAUCCUUAAGUUAAUUUUAGCACAACUCAUUCUUCAGUGCCUCAUAAAUGAAAAAAAAAAAAAAAA